UUCAAGAACAGAAUUGAAGAUGGAGUUCAGUAAGAUUGUAUCAACCAUUGCUGCUCAUUUCUUCUUCAUGGUAGCCUUCACCAGCAUGUCAUCUCCCAUCUCACUUGCCCAAAACUCACCACAAGACUACUUAGACGCCCACAAUGCAGCCCGCGGGGAGGUGGGGGUUGUGCCCAUGGUUUGGAACGACACGGUGGCUGCCUACGCUCAACACUACGCGCUGGAGAGGGCUGCCGACUGCAACUUGGAGCACUCGUCGGAAGACCCAUACGGGGAGAAUAUUGCAGAAGCUAGUUAUGACUGCAGCGCCGGAGCUGCGGUGCAGCUCUGGGUAGAUGAGAAGAAGUACUACGACUACGCCACUAAUACCUGUGCUCCUGACCAAGUUUGUGGGCACUACACUCAAGUUGUCUGGAACCAGUCUACCGAUCUCGGUUGCGCUAAGGUUCUUUGUUAUAAUGGGUAUACUUUCGUGACUUGCAACUAUUAUCCUCCUGGAAAUUACAUAGGAGAACGCCCUUAUUGAUUAAGAUGC